AUGGCUUUAUGUUCAGUUAUUUUUAAUAAGUCUGUUAAAAGACAAUGUAAUUCGAAUAGUAAUCCAAACACUAAAAGAGUUUGUUUAUCUAACUACAGAUUCCCAACAUCUGCUGAUUCCAUCAAUCAAUCUGGUAAAAGCUGUAAUAAACUUUUUGAUUCAAGUGAUGAAUUUGAUGAUGAAAACUCCGAAGAUGAACAAUUAUGUUACAAAUUGAAUCAAAUCAAAGCUAAAAGAAGAGCUUCAUCAAGAAUUUCUUUCAGUUCAAAUCCUAAUUUGGAAUUGUCUAAACUUAUUUCCAAAUAUAGUGAUGAUGAAGAUGAGAUUUAUAGUGAUUCUAAAUUCAAUAGUGAAUUUACUUACAAACAUCUUGAUAAUACUGAUGAAAAAGAUUUCGAAUCUGUCAAUAAUAAUUGUAACAGAAGGAGCUCAAUCAAGGAUGACUUUAAGAUUAUCCAAGUUCCAAAAUCUGAUAAAUUAGCAAGAUCAAGAUGUUUUGAAUACUUAAUAGGUGCCAUUGAUGAAGCAUGGGCAAGAUACUGCGACGCUACAUCAAUUGUUGAAGAUGAAGUAUUCUAUAGUGAUGAAAAUGAUAAUGUCAAGAAUAAUUCUAAUAAUAUCAUUUUAAAUAAUAGAAAUUGUUACUUGAAAAAAGUUUCAUUCAAAGAUAAUGAAGUUUAUGAUGAUGAUGAUGAUCAUUAUUCUAAAAAAGGCAGUGAUGAUGAUAAAAGUUUAAUUGAUAAUUAUUCAAUCAAUUCAACUGACAACACUGAUUAUUCGGAUAACUUUGCUAAAUCGUUAAAGAGACACAGAAACCGUAUCAAUUCCAUUAAUUCUAAUUCCAACGAAGGCAAUCAAUUCAAAAUCUUGAAGGACAGAUUAACAAAGUCCAAAUAUUUCUUGCAAGAUUUAGUUGACAGUGAAAACUUUGAGGAUAUUACAAAUUUCUGGAAUAAAUGGGAUUUAAUAAAGUACUCAACAAUUGAGUUAGUUGAAGACGAUGAUGAUGAUGAAGUUAUCGAAUCAACUAUUGAUGAAUUAGAAAAUGGUCGUUAUUUUGUAAAUUAG